UUCUCAUGUCUCUGUUCCGCCAGCACCUCCGAGGAGGCCUGUGGAUCAUUGUGUGUCGAGAAAAUAACACCAGCUGUUUGUAUACAUUGCAAUAGUCAUGAUGCAAUUCUCACCUUGCGAGGCAGGAGGAGUGCUCCUGAAACUUGUUGUGUUGUGGAUAACGACAGAUGUUUCCGCCACUGAGUCCGAUUUCUGCGCGAUGCUAAAGAAGACAUUGAAAAAUACUGGAGACGUUAGAGUUUUACCCCCUCUAUCACUAUCCUCACAAAUGCUGCUCACCAGAACGGCUGGUUUCUCCCUGUGGUGCGGAAGAAAUGGAACGAUCGUCGCAGCUAGGUACUCGACCACGGCAAGGGAAAGCCUAGAACUUGUCGUCCAGUUCUCCAUCGAUCUACUGGGGAUGGUCGUCGCGCUUUGGCUGUCACCGUAUUCCUGCCACACGGUCCAACCCAUGACUUGGCUAGCCGUUAUUGCCCUCCCUGUCCCAAGUCAACGCUAUAUGUGAUGUUCCGUGCAUCCAAGAUUUUUAUCAUUAGCAAGAGGGCUUCAUCAAUAUGCUCAUACCCAUUUAACAUUUGUGUGCUCCUAAUAGUUUCUUCAUCCAGCUUCAAUUCACCAGGUUGCACCACUGGGUGACCUGGCC